AUGCCGCAGCCCUACACCCGCUCCCAGCUCUCCGAGAAGCUCCGCCGCCUCAAGAACAAGCACCGCAACGUCUCCUCCCGCGUCGCCAGGGGCCUCGACCCCGCCCGCCUCGCCCCGCACGACCGCGACGUCCUCCACCUCUGCUCCCGCCUCUGGGACCCCGCCAACGCCGCCACCUCGCCCUUCGCCGCCGCCGCCGCGCCCGCAGGCUCCUCGGGGAACAAGCGCCGCCGCUCCAACCCUGCCGUCGUGCCGCUCGACGUCCCGGCCCCCUCGGGGGACAGCAACUCCCAUGGCUACAAUGGGAUCAGUUCCUCCACCCCCGGCGCUGCCUUCCCCGAUGACAACGGCGCCGAGGAUGUGAUGUAUCUUGAGCAGGAGAGCGGCCACCACCUCUAUUUUGACGAGGGUGCCGCCUUUGUUGCCGACGGCAACCUUGAUGGGAUUACCUUGGACGGGAUUGCGCUGGACCAGGCUGAGACAAUGGCUGUUCUCACCGAUGUCGGUGACAAUGGAGUUGUUGGCAACGACGCAGCUCCCCAAAAUGCUGUCAACAAUGGAGGUAAUCCCCAAAAUGCUAUGAACAAUGGAGGUACCGGUCAGAACGGUAACUGCAAUGUAUUGCUGCCGCGUAGCAGCGAGCAUCGCAUGGCAAGCGCCGUGCUGGAUGUAUUUGAGGAGUGUUUGAGAGAGGCAAAGGCCGAUGGAAUAGUCAACGGUGGCAAUGCCCAGGAAAGCGAACUCGCCAGGCGAUGGAGGGCGCAGAGGAUUGAUGAGCUUGAUGUGUUGAGCCGAAGGCUCAGGUUGAUCAUUGAGGAUGCUACCGCCGCUGGGCACUGA